GUCACCGAAUCAUAUUUAUGUAGAUGUACUGCUAUAUAAACACAGACAGUUUGAAUACGUGCAUGCCGUUCUUCGAGCGUCGACCUAAGUCGUCUCGUUCGUUUAUCUCUGCAAAAUGAAAACUCCGUUUCGUACCUUCGUGUUGUUGGCGGCAGUCGUAAUCGCGAUGACGGCCGGGCUCGCAUGGAAGCUGGACUUCGGUUUUGGUUCAGUGAUGGCCAGAAGCCUUCCGCCAUAUGCACCAGAUUUCAUGAACGCCAACCGGGAAUAUGAGAAACAGUCUUUUCAUCCUCAUCGAAUCGUCAUCAUCGGAUCCGGACCUACAGCUCUGGGUGCCGCUAAAAGACUCUACGAUCUCGGGCAAGGAAAAAACAACAGCGUGAUCACUAUCCUGGAGGAACUAGGCAAACCAGGAGGCCUAGCCUCGUCUGUCAGGGAUGAUAAAGGCUUUCUCUGGGAUGUCGGAGUUCAUGUUGUAUUCUCCCAUUACACCUACUUUGAUCGAGUCCUGAACAUGGCAGUACCCGAGUGGAACUACCGGCGCCGGGCGUCAUUUGCCUUCAUGAAAGGAUCAGAUGACACGAGGAGGUUCAUUCCUUAUCCAGUUCAGAACAACAUUCACGUCAUGGAUAAAAUUGAUCAGCAGAAAAGCCUGAAAGGCUUAGAGGAGAUUACCAAAAAUCCCAGCAGCCGUAAACCCGAAAAUUUCGACGAGUGGCUGCUGCAGAAAUUUGGAGAGGGUCUCGCUGACGUCUUUAUGAGGAAAUACAAUCGAAAAAUCUGGACAGUUGACACCAAAGAUAUGAACUCAGCCUGGGUUGGAGAGAGGGUUGCCGUACCAGACAUUAAAGAGAUUAAGACCAAGAUUGCAGAGGUGGACAACGGAAAAAGCGCCAAGGAUUCCGAAUGGGGACCGAACCGUUUCUUUCGUUUCCCAAAAUAUAAUGGGACUGGCGGAAUUUGGGAGUCAGUUGCGAGAAUGCUUCCAAGCCACUGGUUCAGAUUUCACGAAAAGGUAACUGCAAUUGAUAUUGACCGAAAAAUCAUUACUGUCGUGGCUGGAACUGGCGUGAAGACAUCACAAUACUCAUUAGCAUACGAUACCCUUAUAUCGACGGCGCCCUUAGAUACUUUUACAUCAUUAUUGCAAAGCCACUAUGUUUCCCUAGGCCAGAUGCAACAGCUAGCGUCACAGCUAGUGUACACGCACACUCACAUCGUAGGCGUCGGCCUCACCGGUCAACUACCAAGGAUCCUCGCUGAUAAAUCGUGGGUGUAUUUCCCAGAUUCUGAUUCUCCUUUCUACCGCGUGACAAUGUUCUCCAAUUAUUCAGAUGACCAUGUACCAAAACCUGGAACAUACUGGUCACUUAUGUGCGAAAUAGCCGAACCACAGAAAAGGUCUAAUCCAGAUUAUUGGAGUAAGGAAAACCUGUUAAAAGAAUCCAUUCAAGCCUUAGUCUUGUACGGGUUUAUCACUGCUGAUAUGGUAGUCUCCAAGCACUACCGUCGCUUGGACCACGGAUACCCCGUCCCUUCACUUAAAAGGGAUACGAUCCUUGACACGAUACAACCUUGGCUGCAAACCAAAGACAUCUACUCCCGUGGACGGUUCGGAGGUUGGAAAUACGAGGUUGCCAAUCAAGAUCAUUCCUUCAUGCAAGGGGUCGAGGCCGUGGACAAGUUCCUUAGCAACGUUCCGGAGUUAACUUACCCGGAUCCGAAUCGGGCCAACUCCAAGAAAAACAGGGAUCGCACCAUACCUUUGGAUUAUGAAUUCGUCAUCGCACACUAUAAGGAGAAUCUUAAUUGGAUGAAGCCUCACGCCAACCACACCCUCAUCUACCAUCAAGGGAACGACCUGGGUCCACCAUUCCAGUUCUACGGUUGGGAGCGGUUGGAGAACCUUGGACGAGAAGCUCACGCUUAUCUUGUUCACAUUACCACCUACUACAACCAACUCGCUAACGUCACUGUCUUUGCUCAGGGAGACAAUUUGCGAGGAAGAUGCUACAAAGAUAUAACACGGUUUAUCGAUUCUGCAAAAAAAGGUGUCCCUUGCAUUUUAAAGGGAUUUGUUCGCUCAACUUGGGACAAACCCAUUUUCCGCCGUGGUCAUAUAGUCAAAGCAAAAGGAACUUUAGGGCAGAUGUACCAAGAUCUGUACGGUAAGCCACAUCCCAAAGGAGUGCGGGAGUGCGGGAACGGCUGUUUUGGGGCUACCAAGCAAAUGAUCCUAAAACAUCCAGUAGAAUUUUAUCAGAGGGCUCUAACCUAUGUGAGCAAAUCUUCAAACCCGGAAGAGAGUCAUUAUUUAGAGAUAUUGUGGUAUCACUUCUUCGAAGCAGUUAAUGACAGUGCUGUUAAUUGAGUCGGACUUGAGUCGCAAUUUUUUUGACUCGAGACUUGACUUGACUUCGGAAAAUAUAACUUGAGACUUGACUUGAAAAAAAAUAUGUUUUGUGUUGUUAAAGUCGAUUAUAAACCUUUCCAAUCUAUUCGCUGUACUGAGUCUAUAUGAACGACCUGCAUUUUAUCAAUGCCUCUAAUACUAACCCUAAAAGGG